CAGAGAGGCAUUGAACAACAAAAUAUACGAACAUGGGGAUGGUAGCCCUUUCUCUCUGCCUGCUGCUUGUCCUGGUGACGACUACUUCUAUUGAUCGUGCCCAUGGGGCAACUCCAGUCCCACAUUUGAAGAGUGUUCGGCUUUGCAACCAGUGCUCCAAAUGCGACUCCAGUAAAUGCCCUCCAAGUGAAGCCUACCCCCACAUGACAGCAUUUGACAACACUCUUAUUGCUGGUGCUUUACAGUCUGACUAUGUGGAUUUGCAUGACAAAGGAGUUUAUUCAGUGCCAAAUAUCAAAGGUGGCCAAUCAACAAAAUACAAUGCUUAUUUCGGAUGGAAAUCUACUUCUGGUUCAGCUUCUGGUUAUCACAGGUUCAGCAACUACAUGGACAAAUGCUCAGGCGGACAAACCUACCUUACUGUGGACAAGCAAGACAAGGUCAGCCUUCGAUCAUUGAAAUCACUGGAAAGCUUAGCAGAUGCUGACUGGAAGUCUUAUAGUCCCCCUAAGAAACUAAAUCACAACGAGUUCCGUUUCUGGGUCUCUCGCAGUACAGGAAAAUGCCUCACUGUUUUUGGAGGUAAAACAAAGAAACGAACUGUGGGUGUGGCCGACUGCAAGUUUAAUGGCUCAAACCGUGGCCAGCUGUUUGCCUUCCGCUUUCAUUACCACCAAGCCUUCUGUUGCUGUGGUGUUCACAAUGAGUGAUCUGAUUCUGAUGAAUUUGUGCUUUCAGGGCCCUAU